GACAGUUAUUUAAAAAUGGGGCUUGGAAGUGAAACGAGUAAUCGCUAAACUCUGAUUUUAUACCCAGAGGUCAUAGAUUUACUGUCUGUGUUUUUUCAUGUAUAUUUACGGAUUAAUACGUAAAUAAAUUAAAUCACUUAAACGAAGAAACAGUGAGAAGUUUAAACGCUGAAAUCGAUCUGCUACUAAAAGUCGAGCUGUUUAAGCAGUUCGGUCGGAGGGGCUACUAUUCUCAGCGGAGUGGAGCAUCCUGUUUUUGCCCCAUCUUUGAGGCUAUAGCGGGGGAGCUAAGGCUAACCGGAGGAAGCGGAGCCGGGCAGCGGCGCUCCUGAUCCGGGAUGAUGCCAGGCGACAGCACCAUGACUUCCAUCGUCCAGAGAAUAGCUCGACAGGCGCUGGUCACCUUCAGGAACCCACCGGGGCUCGGAGAGGAGACCGGGAAGUCCUUCCUGGAGAACCACGGGAAGCUGAGGAGCCUGAUGACGGAAGUGCGAGCGGCGGACCUGAAGCUGGUCCCGCGGAGAGCCGAGGACAGCGCGCCCCGUCCGCCGCAGUACCGCCACGGAGAGCCGCCGGUCACCUACAUGCACAUCUGCGAGACGGACCGGUUCAGCAUGGGGGUGUUCCUGCUGAAGAGCGGCGCCUCCAUCCCGCUGCACGACCACCCGGGCAUGCACGGCGUGCUCAAAGUCCUCUACGGGAAGGUCCGGAUCAGCUGCUUCGACCGCCUGGAGCGGCACGUCGGCGGCAUCCAGGCGGCGCCGCAGCUGCCCCCGGCGCAGAUGGGCGCCCUGCGGCGCUCCGUGCUAAGAUCCUCCGCGGAGUACACGGAGGAGAGCGGCCCCUGCGUCCUGUCUCCGGACCGGGACAACCUGCACCAGAUCGACGCCGUGGACGGGCCCACGGCGUUCAUGGAUAUCCUGGCCCCGCCGUAUGACCCGGACGACGGCAGAGACUGUCACUACUACCGGGUCCUGACCGAAGCGGAGCUCAAACCCGCGGAGCCGAAGGAGCAGGAGGUCUGGCUCAUGGAGAUCUCCCAGCCGCAGCACUUCUGGUGCGGAGGGGAGCCUUACCCCGGCCCGGAGGUCCACCUGUGACCCGGACCGGGCUCACUGGACCCGGCCCGGGCCCACUGGGCUCACUGGACCCGGGGCCUCAUGCAGACUGCAGGGAACACAGAAGCAGAACACCUGCAUGUUCCGGUCCAAAGGUGUUAGAGACAGUAAACAAUCAGAAAUCACACCCUGAAUGAUGAUGAUGAUGAUGAUGAUGAUGAUGAUGAUGAUGAUGAUGAAGAGGUGUUGCUGCUUGAUAAUUAAAAGUUCUCAGAUCUUUGAAUAAAUCAAUCAUCUAUUUUAAUGGGUUUAAAUCAGGAGAAAUAAAUGAUCAGAUGGUUGAAUUCUUGUUAGUUUUGACAUCAAAGCCUCAGAUCCUGAUGGAGCAGCUUUGAUCAUGCCGUCUGAUUUAAAGGGACAGUCCGAUCAGCAGGAAAUAAUCAAUAGAUCAUUAUUUAUACCUGAAACUAAUAUGAUUUAAUGAAUUUAGUGUUAAUCAGUAAAAAACAAUCAUUUUCGUUGUGAUGACUGAGUCUGGGAGCGGCCAUUUCUGCCCAAAUA